AUGAUGGUGCCGUUGGUGUACGUCCUGAUGCGCCGGAAGAACAGAAGCUCAUACAGGCGGGUUCUAGAAGCCCUGCAAAUGCCUACAGCACCUGAAAGGGUAAUCAUGGAUUUUGAGAUGGCCUCCAAACAAGCAAUCCAGGAUGUAUAUGGUAGCCACGUGGCCGCGCAUGGAUGCCACUUUCACUUUUGCCAAUGUCUGAAGAGAAAGGUCGACGAGUUCGCCAAACAGGACUAUAAAAACAACUCCAUUUUCGCCAGAUUCAUCCGACAUCUGAUGGCCCUACCAUUUGCGAAGCCUGAGCACAUCGAACAUUAUUUCGAACAGCUAUUGAUAAAAUUCCGUGACCUUCUUGGUAACGACGCAACAAGGCUACUGAUUCCGAUGAAGGACUACAUGGAACGAACAUGGAUUGGCCUUCCAGGUCUGCUUCCAGGAGAUACUCGGCAAGUUCCUUUAUUCGAAAUUUCAUUUUGGAACUGUUAUGAAUAUACUACACUUGAUUUACCUAGGACUAACAACAAUAUCGAAGCCUGGCAUCGGGCCAUUCAAGAGACCAUUCGGCAAAAACAUCCGACAAUAGAAGCACUGAUCAAGGCCCUGAAGCAAGAAGAAGGAAUUGCAAAUCUGGACAUUGCCCAUGCCAACGGAGGAGAUGUCCCGCCAUUCAUACGCCGGAAAGUCUACUACUCCCUCAACGAGAGGUUCAAGAAGGUGCUCGAAGCUUACAAUCCAGAUCCCCUUAUCUUCCUCGGUGGCAUUGUCCAGAACAUUCGUCAGUAA